AUGGGGAUCCAAAUGGAUAUAUACAGACAGGAUAUUCUAAAAUUUAAUUGUGAAGGUAUUUUUCCCGUCAGUUCUAUGACUGGUGCAGGAGCAUGGGAGGAGUCACCUGAGGUGGCAAACUCAAAUUUAGUAGAAUCUACAUCAAUAAAUCGAAAUGAAACUGCACUAGAAAAAAUAGGUUCACCACGCUUGUGUGUAAUUGGAAACUUACCAUUCAAUAUUUCUACUCCUUUGAUUUCUCAAUGGCUUCAUGAUAUUGCUGAGCGACGAGGAAUUUGGCGAUAUGGACGAGUCCCUUUGACAUUGACUUUUCAAAAAGAAGUUGCUGAACGACUUGCUGCGGAUGUAUGGGAUGAACAGCGUUCCCGCUUAUCUGUCAUGUCACAAGCAUACUGCGACGUUAAAUACAUGAAGGAUAUUCCAGGUACUGCUUUUGUUCCUCCACCAAAAGUAGAUGUUGGUGUUGUUCGUCUAAUUCCUUUAAAACAACCGCUUAUUCCUGUACCGUACCCGUAUGUUGAAAAAUUGAUACGUCAAGCAUUUCACUUUAGACAAAAGCAAAUAGUUCGAUGUCUUGAAACAUUGUUCCCUUCUAAUAGACCUGAACUGGUCAUUCAGUUAUUCAAAGAAGCCGGUGUGCAACCAGCCAAACAGUGUAUACAGUUAACAAUGUCAGAAUUUCGAGAUUUAUGCUCUGUAUAUCAUCGUAUUUGUCAGAUUGAACCUGAUGUAUUCGAUUUUGAUUAUCAAACCCGAACUAACUUACCAUUGUGGUAUAAUCGUAAGAAAAUUCAACGAGAAUUGUUAGACAGUCCAACUGGUCUUACGGCCAAUCGUGUUCGUCAAGAAAUAUAUGGAUUCAUUAAGUUCAUAAUUCAAUUUUAAAUUAAUCUACCGUUUUAACCAAUUUAAUGAAACGGAUUCCAUGAUGAUGAUGAUGAGGAUGUUGAUGAUGUUGAUGUCAAACAAUUCCCUUUAUCAUUUUGAAAAGAGCAAGAACAAACAUUAGUGCAAUCACCAAACAUCUUCUUGAUACAGGACAUCAGGUCGAUACCCUACAAUCAUUCAAGAUGAUUAGUAAGCAGCCAAACUCCAUUCUUCUGAAGUUUGCUGAAGUAGUUGCUAUCAGGUGCCAAAAGCCUGAUUUAUGUGUUCAAAAGGAGAUGAUUAUUAAUCUUUCCUUGCC